AUGGCGCCGAAGAAGCUGACGGAUUGCCCAGAAAACCUCCGGGAAUCAAUUGACUGGCUCAUACAGGUGAGGCAUGGGAAUGACAAUGGGCUUGAGCAUUUGUCCAAUGCUGUAAAAAAGUUGAUUGAUGAGGCUAUUGAGAAGGCGUAUACCACUAAUUUCGAUGCGCUCCUCAAGGCUCUUGAUUCUGCCAAGUCGUACAAUUGUUGUAAGGACAAAGUGGCUGCAAUUGAGAAGCUUAAAGACCUUAAAAAUAUUGAAAACAACCUUUUUAAUGACUUUAAAACUAAGUGUGCUGAUAUUAGAAAUUGCAAUAAAAAUCACCUUGACGAUGCCCAGCAGAGAGCCUAUGAUGACGUUAAGUCCAAGUUGGAGCAGGUUAAAAAGCUCGGAGAUAGUCUUAAAGGAUUGAUUGACCAAAACAGUUGUGAAACGCUUUUAACAAAUCUUUGCGAUGGUCUUCAGAAUUUCCUAGGAUUCGAUCCAUCUUGCAAGGGCUACACCGGCCAGGGCAUUGUCUACUCCGACUUGGAUAGGCUGUGUGACGCGGUGAUGGGAUUUUUGAAGGGGGUGUUGGAGGGGGUGAAAGAUGAUGAUGCAGUGACAACUUAUGAUAAGUACAUCAGUGAACCUAAUAAAAGGCUUAACGAAGUUAUUAAGUUGUUGGAAGAAAAAAUACGCUCCGGGCGCGAUGGGCUUGCGGCGUCUGUCGAGCAGGUGAAGAGGUGGUUGGAGGGGUAUGGGAGGGAGGUGAACAGUAAGACUGGAAAAGUUACGGGGUUAAUUAGUGCAAUAAAGAAUCAUGUAGCAACAAUUUUAAAGAAAAUUUCUGAACGCAAUACUAGCACAAACAAAUAUGUGGAUCUUGACACGGUUGAUAGUUGUCUCCAGCAGUGCCUUGGCACAUCUAAAAAAUGCAUUGCGGAGAUUUUGGAAGGUGAUAAUUGCGCACUUAUUGCCUUGGAUACUGAGCUACGCAAGAAGCUUCGAGAGUCAUUAAUGAAAAUUAAGCAUGAAGUUCAACGCUUUGGAAAAUCGUGGGAUAGAGACUUUUUGCAGUUGGAUAGCAUGAAUACUACGAUUGAAAAGCAGAUGGCAGAUUUAAAAACAGAAGUGAAUAAGGAUGUGGAAAAAAAAUUUUUAGAGCUUCAGGACCAGUUGACGAGUGAGUUUACGACCAACAUUCAGAAGCCAAUUACACAAGUUAAUAAUGAUUUGCAAAAUGUUUUUAAUGACUUAGGAAAAUGGAUUGAUCGUGCUAAGCAGAUUGCGGAGUACGGGAUUGCGCAAGCCGAAGCUAUAUUGAAGGAGGUUGAUGACAACCCGUCGAUAGGUAAAAAGAGAAACGAGGUUAAAAAUGCUGCAGAUGCUUUGAAAAACAAAGCAGAUACACUAUACGUUGCGGCAAGCAAAGCGAAGACGCAUGCCAAGUUAUUGCUAGCUACGGUACCUGGUUAUAUUGAAGCCGCAGUACGCGUGGCUCUAUUGAAGGAUUUAGGCCAGUUGAAAAAUGAUUGUAAGGAGUGCAUCAAAACGUAUUUUAAUGAAUUGGUGAAGGCUAAGUUUGGUGAAGCGGCUAGACGUGGGGUCGGUACAGUGGAGAACCUCCAAAGUCCUGAGUUACAGGAAUGGCUGAAAAUUGUGAAAAACGAAAGUGACGAGGGCACUUUGGUGACAUCUCUAAGUAAUACUAGAGGUGGCUUCGUGGACGUACUGAAUGCUUUAGAAGGUCUAAAAAACGUGUUUCUAACAAAAUCAAAAGAAUCCUUCUUCGGCUCGAUGUCACUCGAUGCCCAAGACAAGAUUGAGAAGAUGUAUGGGCCUCUUAACACUCAGCCACAUACAUCAGGCAACCCACUUAUCAAGCAAUUUGACGCAGCAAAAGAAAGUGCCAUCAACGAAAAUAUUGCACAAGUAAAAAAAACAGUGGUCGAUGAAGAUUUGGCAAUUGUAAAUGGCAGUAACAAAGAAACACAAAUUGAUCAACAUACCUUCCAAAACUUGCUUGAAAAGGUUGAAGCAAAUCUAUUCACUCUCAUGUCCACAAUCCAAGGAUUUGCUGGGAGCGCCGGAGUGGGCGGUGUCGACCCAAAAGGUGUUAGAAAUUAUUUCGAGGAGUUGGAUAAGAUGCUUACCAAGAAUGGGCCUAAUGAUGAUAGCGAUAGCAAUACAAAAUCUCUUGAUGGUAUUAAAAAACGUAUUGACGACAUUCUUAAAACGACUGCGGAAGGCAACUUGAAAAACAUAUUAGAUAAUGCCGCGGCAUUCCUCCGGACCAUCGAGCAACAGUCUAAACAAACAAUACGAGACAUUCAGAAUAAACUCGCUGCCCAGGUCAAAGAAAAAAUCAAGAACAUCACCGAUCAGGCGGAAGCGCAGUACGUAGACUCCCGGAUCCACGAAAUGAGCAUAUUUAACAAUGUGGUUCAGAAGCAACAUGCGCUAGUAGAGGCAGCUGUAAAGGCUGACAAGGCAACAGGAAUUAAAGGUUUGAUGAAGGCUAUGUACGGCGGGAAGCAUCCACGUGCUCAGACACGUGAUACAACAUUGCUUGAGCAGCUCAAAGCAGCGACAAAUUUGCAAAGUGCAGGCACGUUGUCGAUACCAUCAAAGAAGUAUUUGGAUGAAAUUGUUGUUUACGUGUGGAGUGAAAUCAAUAGAACUCUCGAGUCUCCGGAUUCACGCAACCACGCAUAUAUUGGGGGCAUCAAUAAGAUUAAAGACGCGCUUGACUUCUUACUCAAGUUCAUUGGCAACGCUGAGAACAAAUACAAUUUUGAUAAUGAAUUUCUGAGGUUGCUUGAUGCACUCACGACAUCACUUACCUCGUUCAAUCCUUCGAUGUUCGGUGCCACAUCCUGUCCCCCGCUCGACGCCCUGAAGAAGGGGCUGCUGUCAUUUACUAAACAACUAUCUAAAGCGUAUGUCAACACGUACUCCGGCGGCAAAUGGAAAGAGAAUUAUAAACACAACUAUGCAAGAAUAUGUUUCAGCAUAUUUCCUCUUAUGUUGAGCGAUUUAAGUGAGCUUAAGCGAGAGAUUAGUGACCCUAAAGGCAAAUGGAAAAAAUAUGUAAUAUACAACCCUAAUGAAGCUGAGAGUCUCAAUGCUGUAUUCUUCUCGAAACGUGGUUACGAUGCGGGUCGCCACCCUGCAAGUCUACAUGGCGAGUUGAAUCACAAGGAGGGAUUCAAUGCUGAGGAAAUUGUUGGCUUAUUAAAGUCGGAACAUCAAACCAAAUAUGAUAUUCUUGCGUCUCUUCUACAGCAAUGCACUCAUAUAUCCACAUAUCACAAGGUUCGCCACCUUAGGGUAAUUAAAAAUGCCACCCAUCCCUGUAGCAUCUUCGACAUGCUUUGUUGGUUUGGCGGUUUGCAAUAUAACUCCGUCUAUGAGGCACUUAUUAAACAUUGUUAUAUGUUGCACAACAAUGAAAAAGAUGCACUGCUCAAAACAAAACUAUGGGAAGUUUUGUCGAUUCAUUUACCUCGCUUAUCCUGGUAUUCGCAGACACUUCUAACUACGUUCGUCGGAACGGGAGAUGCUAGCACAUUCUAUUGCUGCCAAUAUAUUGGCAAUUGUCUAGGGUUGUAUUACCCUUCUACUGCCGCCGAGUGCUUCGACAUGUUGCUGGACAUUCUUCGCAGAUUGUUCCCGGUCCUCCGAUUCGUGCAAUCGCAGUGCAGCAUCCCCUCUAAGCUCUACGGAUGGCGUGAGUGUAGAUAUGGCAAGGACAUACCGACAACCAAAUCGCAAUAUAUAAGCCAGUCAACAGAGCGAGCAACAUGCCAACAAACAUCGCCACUAAUGAGGUAUCUUAACGAUUGUUUACCUGGUCACUUGCCGCAUCACUUAACUAGUGUUGGAUGUAAAUCGGAAUGCGAAACAUGUCUUAAGGGCGCGCCUGGUAUGCCCUGCCUUACUCCUCUAGGGUUUAGGGCGUUCUCUGGAUCUACCAAGACGGGUAAGGACCUGUGUUCAACACUUGACAAAAUAUGCGGUAACAAUGGGAUGCUCGUUGCACUAUAUUCCUCUCUAACAUGCUAUGCUGCCCGUCCACCUGUCGCGUUUCCGGACAUCUUUUCCUUUUACUGUCAGGUUACGCAGCAGUGGACGUGGAUGGCAAAUGAGGAGGCUGCUCUCAACACGACCAACAUACAAAAAGCCAUUAGCGAUAAAAUAAUAGCAACCGUGGCGUGCGACUACAAUGCUGCCAAGCAUUUGCUAAGGCCCUGUAGAGAAUUAAAUCGUUCGACGGCUCAUGACAAUCAUAACAUGAAUGAUGACCUUGACCUGGAAUAUCUCAUUGGUUGUAAAAAUGACCAAUGUGGAAAUUAUAUCAACAUGCUUAACCGUCCUGCAUAUUCCAUGUUCGCGCCAAAACACGCCGACAAGUAUCUGUCGUGGUUGUUAUACUUAUGUCCUCGUAUUGUCGUAUUCCUCAAACGCGUGAAAGAAGCUUACUCUGGUAUUUCGUGUUACGACACCGGAUGCGGCGGAUGCCUCAAUUAUGACUUCUGUAAGCGAGGCAAACACGGCUGCAAACCAUGUGGAUGUAUGUCAAUGGUGCAGUGUAAAGGUGUAGCAUCGGUAUUCUAUCAAUAUGGUUUAACGUUCCGUGAUGCGUCUGACAAAAGCAAGAAACAAUGCUUUUAUUUCCGUGAAUCCGUCGAUCGCAUCUUAAAAUCCAAAUUGCUUGUAGACUUUCUAAGCGCAAUAGAUACAUUUAUGUUCACUAUACGCGCACCAUUCAUAUGGACAGUCGUUGCCCUAUGGUCACUAUCGCUCCUCUACCUUUUGUACGUCUCGAUCGGACGCCUUGACACUCUACACAUCCGCUCCCACCUUAGAUCACUUUCAAGUCACAAGAUAGCCGCGCAGUCGCUACUCGCCGCUGCACGUGUCGGCAAGCUCAGCAAGAUAUCGUACCUGCAAGCCUAA